AUGGGUAAAAAGAGCUUCAGGGGCAAAGGCAAACGAGGCGGCGGCGGCGGCGGCCGAGGCGGUGCGCGAGAUGGAGGCGGCUGGAGAGAUUAUCCUGCCAUCCCCAAGGAGAACGAGAAGCUCCAGCGCUUCUACGAUUCUCUUCUCCAACUGCCCGAGGAGGAGAAGAACGCUUACUGGGAGGCAUUGAGACGUGAGCUGCCCAACAGCUUCAGGUUCUGCGGCUCCAAGGGACACGCCGUCACUGUCAAGAACCUUCUCCAGACCAGAUACAUUCCCGAGAUCGUCAAAAUCGAGCACCAGGAUGGCCGGCCCGUCGAGCCUCCUCAGCCCGUGCCCUGGUACCCCGACGACCUGGCUUGGUGGAUGACUACCCCCAAGAACGUCAUUCGCAAGUUCCCCCCCUUCGCCAAAUUCCAGAAGUUCCUGGUCUCCGAGACGAGCGUUGGAAACAUUAGCCGACAGGAGGUUGUCAGUAUGAUUCCCCCUCUGCUGAUGGACCUCCGCCCCGGUAUGACCGUCCUUGAUAUGUGCGCUGCUCCUGGAAGCAAGGCUGCGCAACUUCUUGAGAUGAUCCACCAGGGCGAGGAGGCCCGCGUCCGCAAGGUUCUCCGAUCUUACGCUCAGGAGGAUGGCCUGGACCUGGGCGCUGAGACCAAGGAAGAGAUGGAGGCCGAUCUCGAAGCCGACCCCAGCGACGCCGGACGAGCUACUGGUAUGCUCGUCGCCAACGACUCCGAUUACAAACGCGGACACAUGCUUGUCCAUCAGCUCAAGCGACUUUCUUCCCCGAACCUCCUCGUUACGAACCACGAUGCCACCCAGUUCCCCUCCAUCAGACUCCCCGCCAAGGACAACAAGAAGCCUACCUACCUCAAGUUUGACCGCAUUCUUGCUGAUGUUCCUUGCUCUGGUGACGGAACUCUGCGAAAGAACCCCGCCAUCUGGAAAGACUGGCAGCCUGGCAGCGCCCUUGGCCUGCAUCUGACACAGAUUAGAAUCUUGGUCCGCGCUCUGCAGCUACUCAAGGUUGGUGGUCGAGUCGUUUUCUCCACCUGUAGUAUGAACCCUGUCGAGAACGAGUCCGUCGUCGUGUCUGCUAUCGAGCGAUGUGGUGGCCCGGCAAACGUCGAGAUUGUCGACUGCAGCAACGAGCUCCCCAACCUCAAGAGAGCCCCUGGAAUGAAGGACUGGAAGAUUAUGGACAAGAGCGCCAGAGUCUGGAGCUCCUGGAAGGAGGUCGAGGACUUCGCCAAGGAGAACGCCGAAGGUGUCAUCCCCGGACGAGUUGUUGAGACCAUGUUCCCCAGACUUGAGGGUGCUGACUGCGCUGACCUGCCUCUUGAGCGUUGCAUGCGAGUCUACCCUCACAUGCAAGAUACUGGUGGUUUCUUCAUCACAGUUCUCGAGAAGAAGUCCGAGUUUAAGGCCAAGAACGAGAAUGAGGGCAAGGAGGCUAAGCAGCCUACCAAGACAGAAACUCCUGCUGAUGCCACUCCCAGCGAGCAGGUUGUCGAGGAGGUUGAGAAGAAGACCGAGGCUGAGACCGCACCCGUCGUUGCUGAGGCAAGCCAAGAGGAUGUUGUUAUGGAUGACGCCUCUUCAAACGGCAACAAACGCCCUCUCGAAUCUGAGGAAGCUCAAGAUCAACCCGCUAAGAAGGUUAAGACUGAUUCUACUGAGCCCUCAGCCGCCGCAACUCCUGUUGCUCAAGUGAGCCAGGAAGGCAGCAAGCCUCGCCGAAACGGCCCCAUCGAGGAGGCAUUCAAGUACCUCGACAUCUCUCACCCAACCGUCCAGAACAUCAAGGAGUUCUACCACAUCUCCAAGCGAUUCCCCGACGACCGAUACAUGGUACGAAAUGAGAUGGGUGAGCCUGCCAAGGCUAUCUACUACACUAGCGCUCUCCUUCGCGAUAUCCUCAUCGAGAACGAGGGUCGUGGUAUUAAGUUCAUCCACGGUGGUGUCCGUAUGUACAUGAAGCAGGAUGCUCCCUCGGCAGAUGUCUGCAGAUGGCGUAUCCAGGCUGAGGGUAUGCCCAUCCUCCAGGGUUAUGUCGGCGAGCCCCGUGUUGUGCACCUCCACAACAAGGAGACAUUCCGCAAGCUCCUCAUCGAGAUGUUCCCUCGUAUCAACGACGGAAAGUACGAGCGCUUCGACGAGAUUGGCGAGCGUGUUCGCGAUAUGGGCAUGGGCUGCGCUGUCCUGCGCAUUGAGCCUGAUGGUUCAGACCCUGACUUUAAGGAGCGCAUGGCUCUGCCUCUAUGGAAGAGCAUCCACUCGCUCAACCUUAUGCUUCCCAAGGAGGACCGAUCUGCCAUGCUGCUACGUAUCUUCAACGACACAUCUCCUCUCAUCAACAUUGUUGCACAAAAGAACCAGCAAAAGGCUGCCGAGGGCGCCGAGGAGGUCAAGGAGGAAGUUGAUGUUGCUGAUUUGCCCUCACCUGAGGAGACUGCUGAUGUAGAGAUUGUGUCAGAGUCUAUUGCAGAGCCUGCCAAGGAGGCAGAGAGUGAGGAGAAAAUGGAGGCUUAA